CAAAAUAGUAGUUGGAUGCAAAACUAACCUGUUUUUAAUUCCAUAUUAUUUUAAUAUUUAUCUUUUAAGUAUUUCUAUGCGGUUUAUUUGUGUAAACUUACUAGUACUUAGAGUUAAGUUAUAAAUCACCAAAAUCCAAAAUGGAAAUCACCUGUUCAAACUUUAACGAAGCCUUACCUGAAAUAGAGAAAUGCAUAGAGGAUAGUCUAUUCGUAAGCAUCGACUGCGAGUUUUCCGGACUCAAUACCGUUCGUAACAUUAAUGCCUUCGACACCCCGGAGGAAUACUACAAGAAGAUGAGGACGAACUCAAAGGACUUCUUAAUCAUGCAAUACGGCCUGAGUACAUUUAAAUACAACGAGGAAGAAAAUAACUUCAAACAGAAUAGUUAUAACUUCUACGUAUUCAGGAGACCUGUUAAUAGAAACCUGCCGGAUAACAGGUUCUUGUGUCAAGCAUCGAGCAUUGAUUUUUUAGUCAAGCAUUCGUUCGAUUUCAAUAAAUUGUUUAAAGAGGGUUUGUCGUAUUUGAACGAACAAGAUGCUGAUAAAUAUAAGGAGCAUAUUGAUCAAGCGUACAAUAAAGUCGUAGAAUCUAUCGAGAAUAAAACAGAAGUUAAAUCAGAUUCUGUACAAGUACCUGAAAAUGCCCAAUCGUUCUUGGACGAUGUGAAAGUGCAGAUUAAUAAUUUUUUAAACGGAGACGAUACGGAAAUGCCACUUCCGAAAUGCAAUGCAUUUUUUAGACGAUUAGUGUAUCAAUUAGGAGAAUCGGAAUACAGGGAUAAAAUUUCCCUAGAAACAAGGCAAGUCGAAGGCGAUCGAGUUUUGUUCGUUUCGAGAUUGAAAACGCUGGAGGAAGAAAAACAAAUAGCCAAGAAGAAAUACGAGGAGCAGUUGAAAGAAUUGGAUAACUUUAUCGGGUUUACUAAGGUUUUGAAAUGCCUAAUAAAAUUUGAGAAGUUGAUUGUAGGUCACAAUAUUUGCUUGGAUUUUUUCCACACUAUCGAUAAGUUUUUAAUACCUUCACCUGAUUCUUAUAGUGAAUUCAAAGAUAUCAGCCAUUCGUUGUUUCCUAAAGUACUAGAUACGAAAUACAUGUCGAGUUGUGAACCUUUCAAGAAUCUAAUUUCCUCCACGAUUUUGGCGCAGCUGUUGGAGAAUCUCCGCAAAAAACCGUUCGAACUGCCACAAAUAGUUAUAGAAGACCCGAGUAAAGGCUAUACCGUUGAGGAUAUUAAAGAGCAUGAAGCAGGUUACGAUGCUUUUAUAACUGGCCUGUGCUUUUUGGGCAUGUGGAAGCAUUUAGGCUUAUUGGAUAACAAAUCAGAUACAAAGACUUUUCAAUCCAUGAAUCUCUUGGAACCUUAUUUGAACAGGAUAUAUUUGUCGGGGCUAACAGACAACCAGUGUAUACUAUUAUCUGGCGAAGAUUCACAACCAUCUAGAGACCACGUAUUUCACUUGACGUUCCCGAAGGAAUGGAAACUGUCCAACAUUCAACAGUUGUUUUCCCCUUUCGGUAACGUCUUCGUAUCCUGGCUGGACGAUUCUUCGGCUUACGUAGGUCUCUACAAAACCGAACAGGCAAAGGCCGCUUACGUAUCGCUCAGAAACGGCGACGGAUACGCUUUGAAAACGUUCGCAUCGCAUCGGGCCCAAACGGCGACGAAUCAACUCCAAAAGAAGCGAAAAAAUUCCGAUCCUUCGACGCCGUGUCAAAGAAAAAAGAUGGACGCUUCCGUUAAGUCUACUUCGAUCGAUCCUGCGAGAAAUAAAUUGUUCCAAGAAAGCAACAGUUGGACGUAGAUUUAAGUUAAUAAAAAAAAACCGCCAAUUAACGCGAUAAAUAAGCUUUAUU